GCCGUCGUCACACGGUGAACAUACUUCAGUGGUGAUAGGUGUGCAUAUACGAGCUGUUUUUUCAAGUGGCUCAGCCCGUUGAGGAAAACCCUACUACUCUCUCUCGGUGUGUGGUGAACAGACAUUUUGAAAAGCUUCAUGCGUAGAAAAUUUUUGCUGACAACGGAUGCAACUAAUUUCGAUCUAUUUGAUGUAAAAAACAUUGUGAAGUGAUGAAAAACUGUGCUGUUUCUAUAAAACGAUUGUUUUGAGUUUUGUUGGGAGCCGAUAAGUGAAAAACGUUAAGUUCACUUGUUCCAAGCCCAGUAUUGAUUUUCCGUUUUAUUUCGAUGGUAUAAUUAUGUACAAGAGUAGAAAACUCGCAUAUGGUGUUAAAAGAUUAAACAAUCUUUCGAUGAUUCUGAUUCAAAUAGCUAAUUUUAAACAGUUAGGAUAAGAAUCAAAUGCGAAACACAAAAUGAAACAAGUAUGACAGCUAACCAAAAUUUUUAGCGAUAAGAAAAUAUGUUUCUUCAUUAUCUCGACUCGGCAGGAGUCUGUGUGGUCUUCGUGCAUCGUAAAUGAGCUUUCAUAGAGUUCCGACUUUGCUCAAUCUACCCCCAUAAAACGCUCUGUUGCUUUGCGAUAGCGAAAAACGGAGAUAAACAUUGAGGGUGAAUCGCAUGUGUUAGUGAGUGAUGUUCGGCUCUCCAAAAAGAGAACAGAAGUUGAUUCCAAAACAGCUGUGUGUAUACAAAAUAUAAACAGUGCAGGUUUUGUAUCGUAGUGUGUGAAAUAUGUGAUAACAGAAAAUAAAUUCGACAGAUCAGUGUAAGUCACAGAAGCAAGUUCUAAUAAUAGUGAGUGAAGGAAAUCCCAAUCGCGUACACGGACAGUACGCAUCUGCUUUAUAGCACAUCGUUCCGGUGCAGUGUGUGCUCAUACACGCACACACUCGACCUAGCCUGCCAACCAACCAAACAACCCAGCACAAAUCUAGAUAGAUUUAAUUCUGCCUACAACCGACCGCGCCAGCGAAACGCCAAAAUUCGACGGGUAUGCUAUUUAAUGGACACAAGGGGACGCCAAAGUGUCGUCUAUGGCCGAAUCCGUUGGUAAGCAAGUGCUCUCUGCAGUGACGGAGGGGCAUCAUCAUCACCAACAACCGCAGCAGCAUCAGCAGCCACAUCGUCGCAGUCAUCAGCAGUCAGUAGGAACAACAAGCACCAGCAGUAGUAGCAAUAGUGGUAGCCGAAGGUCUACUGUUAGGUCCUCGCAGAAGCAAGCGAACAAGGAGAGGAAAAAUCAACAAACCCGCGGUAGUUUCAGCAACCGUUCCGACACGGAUACCCGACAGACUAGCGGUAGUAGAAAACGAAAGUACGUAGAAGAGCAUUCCAAACAGCACCUGAGCCACGUGUUUGUGAGGGAACAUAAUUCGACGCCAUCUCCGGUUGCUUUCAGAACACGUUCAAGGACUGUUUCGAGAGAGAUUUCAUUUACUGGCAGCAGUAGUAGUAGUAAAACUCAACAGUCACCGGUUGACUUCCGGAAUAGGCUACAUAAGGUAACCCGCCUGAUUCCCGAUAUAUCCGUUCAUGAUAGUACAAAGCAUUCAGCACGGUUAACUGUAUCACCGAGUGCAUCGACGUUGUCCUAUACGUCAUCACUAUUAUCAACGCUUUCGGUCAGUUCGUCUCUAUCUUCGUUGACAGGAGUAAUUGGCUCUUGUUCAACUCCAUCAAAGCAAUCCAAGCAACACGAUCAAUUGGACUGUGAUCGAAGCAGUAUCAGUAGCAGCCGUGGAGCUAGCAUCAGUUCAAUCGCGUCUUCAUCACGUUCGAUUGAAAAAACCAAACAUAAGAAGGGUAGCGGCUCGAAACUGUCGAAAAAAGUAGUAGAUCAUCUUUUCAAACAAGAGCCAGCAUUAGACGAGUACAGGACAGGUAAAAGUUACUCACGAAAAAGUAAGUCUACCAGUCAGCAGCAAUCAGUAAAUACGGUGGAAGAGGGACGAAAUUUACGCUCCCAUCACCACCAAUAUCCGGAAGCAGGACCAAGUGUAGCAGCGGCUGUAGUACCGAAAAAGCGACAGAAAGUGGGGGACCAACAUCUGGAUAGUUCGGGCAGUAGCCAUAAAGCCCCGAACCUGGGGGCACGUCUAGCUCGUAGCAGCGGAGGUAGGGAGCCCCACAAUCACCAUCAGCUACAGCAGCAGCAGCAUCAUCAUUCCGUUAGUCACCUUGGUAGCGCCAGUAGUGGUAGUAGCGGUAGUCACAACAGCACUCAGGGGCACCUACCUAGCGGUCUGCUAAGGCGCAGUUCUCGUGGCAAAGGUUCUCAUCAAUCCGCAACAACGGGUUCUUGUGUCAGUUCGAACACCACCAAUCCCAACCAGAGCCAACAUCAGCCACAAUCGUCGCAAUCUUCGCGCUCGGGCAGCCAUCGUGGUGGUGGUUCCGGUAACGCUUCGGCCAACAAUCACGGGGCUGGAACUUCCGGUGCUACUGCCAAAGGCUCUUCUUCGAAAAGCGGCUCUUUCUCUUCAGUGGCUGCCAACAAUAACAAUUCCAGUCUAUUUGGAUCCGUAGCCGGAGUUGGUGCAUCCGGGUACGAUCCAACCACAGUAGUUCCAGGACCAUCGAAUACAGCAAUGGCCAAUGAUGGCUCUCGUAGUAGCAACAGCAGUAACAACAACAACAGCAAUGACCAUCAGCACCACCUGCAGCAGAGUUCGUCCGGUUCGUCGCAUCCAUUUAUCAAGCUGCACAAAACCACCAGUCUGGGCACAUCGGCAGCCAGUUCCUCUGCUCCGAUUGAUGUGAAUAUGAUAAAUGUAACCAAUUCUGGCGCCUCGAAUGUCGGUAAUGCAUCAAAUUCCACUAGCCUGACGACGACCACUGUCGUGCCACACCCGGAUUCGGAAAGCGAUGACAGCGAGGUCGGUCGGCUGCAGGCACUACUAGAAGCUCGAGGGCUUCCACCACACCUGUUUGGUGCUCUCGGUCCGAGAAUGCAUCAUCUGUUACAUCGUACGAUGGGUGCCAACAGUAGUUCUAAAGCCCAACAGCUACUCCAGGGGCUUCAGUGUCAGGACGAAAGUCAACAGUUGCAAGCCGCUAUAGAAAUGUGCCAAAUGUUGGUGAUGGGCAAUGAAGACACACUGGCCGGGUUUCCAAUUAAGCAGGUUGUUCCGGCAUUGAUAACACUGCUUCGCAUGGAACAUAACUUCGAUAUAAUGAACAAUGCGUGUCGAGCUCUUGCAUACAUGCUGGAAGCUUUACCGCGAUCAUCCGGAACAGUGGUUGAUGCUAUACCAGCCUUUCUGGAGAAACUUCAAGUUAUUCAGUGUAUGGAUGUAGCAGAACAGAGUCUGACUGCUUUGGAAAUCCUGUCCCGUCGACAUAACAAAAGUAUACUACAGGCCAACGGUGUCUCGGCUUGUCUGACCUAUUUGGAUUUCUUCUCGAUCAAUGCUCAACGGGCAGCACUUGCCAUCACUGCAAAUUGUUGUCUCAAUCUGCACUCAGAAGAAUUUCACUUUGUGAAGGAAUCACUGCCACUUUUGGCUAGGCUUUUGUCGCAGCACGACAAAAAAAGCGUUGAAAGUAUAUGUACAGCAUUUUAUCGUCUAGUAGACAGUUUCCAACACGAUCCGACGAUCCUGCAGGAAAUUGCUAGUAUGGAACUGUUGAAAAAUUGUCAACAACUGUUGGUGGUUACACCAUCGGUCCUUAAUUCCGGUACAUUCACUAACGUAGUUCGAAUGUUAAGUGUGAUGUGUGCGAACUGUCCGGAUUUGGCAAUAACGCUACUGAAAAAUGACAUCGCAUCAACACUGCUCUAUUUGUUAACCGGUUCCGCUGAACCCGUUACCGCCGAUGUCGAAUUGGUACCACGUAGUCCGUCGGAGCUAUAUGAAAUCACCUGCCUGAUUGGGGAACUGAUGCCGAGACUGCCAACAGAUGGAAUCUUUGCAGUUGAUUCGCUACUGGAGCGCACUCAGGCGAACGUACAGGAUGCGGUACAAUGGCAGUGGAAAGACGAUCGCGGUGUGUGGCGUCCAUAUUCUUCGAUCGACUCGAGAAUGAUUGAAGCGGCUCAUUUGAAUUCCGAUGAUGAAAUUAGUUUGAGCACACUGGGUCGCACCUACACAAUCGAUUUUCAUUCUAUGCAGCAAAUCAAUGAGGAUACCGGAACGACCAGGGCUGUUCAACGAAAGAUAAAUCAUACAUUAUUGGCUCAACAACAAGGAACGAUGAUUAUAACUGCUGGUCCUAUGGUUCCUGUGGCAUCAGCAAUUGCUUCGAAUGAAAGUGGUGAAAGUGGGUCAUCUGCUGUAGCUUUGGUAAAUGCCAGCGGGACUGGUUGUGUAAACCUGGCAACACGUCCCCCUAAUGCCACUCGGGAUGCUCGGAUAGCUUGUCUGAAGGAAGAACGUGGACUAGCAGCAGAAUUCAUCAAAAAUCUAUUUUCCGUUCUAUAUGAAGUGUACAGUUCUUCCGCUGGACCUUCAGUCAGGUACAAAUGUUUGCGCGCUCUGCUACGGAUGGUUUACUUCGCAAACGGCGAUCUGCUUCGAGAAGUAUUGAAAAAUCAGCUCGUGUCUUCGCAUAUUGCGGGCAUGAUGGCUUCUAACGAUCUCAGAAUAGUAGUUGGAGCACUUCAGAUGGCGGAAAUUUUAAUGCAGAAACUUCCCGAAGUGUUCGGGAUGCAUUUUCGUCGGGAAGGUGUCAUGCAUCAGAUAAAUCAGUUAACAGAUCCAUCGAUUCCGAUUUGUGCCGCUCCGUCUCCGAAAGCAGGAGCCCAGAGCGCACCGUCUUCAGCAACGAUUCACCCUCACGCCACGUUCGAUUUUGAUAGUGCCAUUGCCUCAAGUUCAAAGACCAAUUCCCAAGCGAUAGCAAUUGUCGGUGGGGCCGGUUCCCACGUGAAGAACCUCAAUUCCGCAAUGAUGAUGGCCAGUAAGAUGAGCAUGUCAAUGCCAUCGACAAGUUCUACACUGCUACACUCACCGACCGCCUCGAACCUUCCCGGCACAUCCGGUAGUUUCACGGCAAUUAAUCUGAAUGCCUCUUCCAAAGCACUUCACCACAACCACCAUCAUCAUCCACAACAGCAGCAAAUGAAUGCCGGUGCACUUCAUCUAGAAUCGUUGGCAACCAACAUGCAACCAAAUAUCCCGGGAGCGAUUGCGGCGGCUCCCAACAAUGGAAAUAUUCUACUGAACGCUAUUUACAGUUCCGCUAUUCCAAUCAAUCCACCACCAACGCAUCACCACCAACCAGAGCCUGGAUCUAGCAAACAGACGCAUCUAUAUCAAACUCACCAUUUCCCUGAUACUUUCGCGUAUAAUGCUGAGCAAGGCAUUCUCACAUCUCCACUUUCGGUGGCAUCUGGUACCGGAGCUACGCUGGUAGCCUCGACAGUAGCAGCUUCCCACCACGACACUCGAUCUCAUAGUCCCGGUCAGCUGAAGGUUUCCGACAUGCUGAAACGGAAGGUUCCUCCGAAACGAAAAUCCCAGAGCAGUUCCAAAACCAAGUCUCGUCAUGAUGAUGCUGGCAAUUCAACGGCUAGUUCUACUCAUGCACUAACAAGUGGAUCCAACUUGGCGGGAACAUCGACAUCAUCGACAACUUCAUCUGUGAUGCAAGAACUGAUCAACAAAGCUACUACACUGGGGUCUUCCUCCGGCAGGAAUACACCAUCGUCUAGUUCCCGUUCAAGGUUUUCUGGUGCUUCGUCCAAGACAACAUCCUUCCUGGCAUCGCUCAAUCCAGCCCGUUGGGGUCGACAGUCAUCAUCCUCGUCGUCACACCAUGCCGGAACUACAUUCGGUAAAGAUGGAUCCAAUGCGUUGGCAAAAAGUCAAUCGAAUUCCAAUCUGAUAGCCGCUGGGAAUCGCGAAAAGGCUCGACAAUGGAUACGAGAGCAAUCGAUUAAUUUUGUCAACAGGUACUCCACGGAUGGGGUUAGUGCUGCGAGUGGUUCCCAGCAUCCGGCGUGCUCGAUUCUUUCGCGUUUGACCGGUGCCAUCCAAAAAUUAGAAGGUAAUCAAACCGACUGUCUGGCAGCACUCAAGGAACUGCGUGACAUUCUGAUUCAAAGCGACAUAUCGCCGUUCGAAGUGAAUCACUCUGGAUUGAUUCGUGCGAUGCUGAACUACAUGGCCAACGACGCGAAUCAACUGGUCGUACGGGCGGAUCGACUGCGUAUGUUUUUGCACGUAUUCGCAAACCUUCCGUUGGAUGCUGAUUACUACAGCAGUGUUGUUCCAUCGAUCAAUAGUUUACCGUUCAGUGCGUUUGUAGCCAAACUGAAUGGGUGUGUCACACAAUUGGAGCAAUUCCCGGUGAAAGUGCACGAUUUUCCCGCCGGUGUGGGUGGCAGAUCGAACACAAGUGCUCUUAAAUUUUUCAAUACACAUCAGCUGAAGUGCAAUCUCCAGCGUCACCCAGAGUGCACGAACCUACGUCAGUGGAAAGGUGGAACCGUCAAAAUAGAUCCCCUUGCGUUGGUUCAGGCGAUCGAACGCUACCUGGUUGUUCGUGGUUACGGUGGCAUACGCGUGGAUAGUGAGGAAGACUCCGAGGAAGAUAUCGACAAUAUCGAUGCCGCAGCGAUGAUAUCGAUGGGUGGGUUGAAGCACAAGCUACAGUUCUUAAUAGGAGAACAUGUUCUACCGUACAAUAUGACCGUAUACCAAGCCAUUCGUCAGUAUUCACCAUUGGUGAACGAUCAGUCGGAAACGGACACUGAUACCGAAACACCGAUUGGAAGUGCCAGUAUUUGGGUACAGCAACACACAAUCUUCUAUCGCCCAGUGGAAGAAGAUGCAACUGGUACGUCCAAAAGCGGUGCCUCCAGUUCAUCCAGGAAAAAUAGCAAAAAUUCGCAAUCGAAAAUAAUGCGUCGAAAGCCCGAAUUUUGGAAUGAUGGUGCCGCCCCGUUGAUUGUUUCAUCAUUGACACCGUUCUUGACGUCUAAACUACCUGAAGUGGUGACCGUACAGGAUGCUUCCCUCGAUGCACUGUGCAUGUUACGCAUUAUCAAUGCCCUCAAUCGUCACUGGGCAACGUUAUACUUCUCAGUACCCCAGAUUCAAAUCAUACCCCAGACCGAGUUUAUCCAUUCGAAGAUUGCUGCCAAAGCUAGUCGCCAGUUGCAAGAUCCUCUGGUGAUCAUGACUGGUAAUUUACCCCAGUGGUUGCAGCAAAUUGCAGCUGCCUGUCCAUUCCUGUUUCCAUUCGAAACACGGCAUCUGUUGUUCUAUGCUGUAUCGUUCGAUCGUGACCGCGCGUUGCAACGUCUAUUGGAUACCACGCCGGAUCUAAAUUCGGCCGACACUAGCGAACGGGUUACGCCACGAUUGGAUCGGCGCAAGCGUGCCAUAUCGCGCGAGGACAUUCUCAAACAAGCUGAAUCGAUCUUCCAGGACUUUGGUCAUUCAAAGGCCCUACUGGAGAUUCAGUACGAGAACGAAGUCGGUACCGGACUUGGCCCGACUCUGGAGUUUUACGCUCUGGUCUCAACGGAGCUACAACGCUGUGAUCUAGGAUUAUGGAAUGACAGUGACAGCUAUAAGAACAAUAACCAGCAGUCAAGCUCGAUCGCCGAUAAUAUUGUCAAAUCGUCACUGAACCAGAUCGACGAUGAUACGACCACGACUAAUACUACGACCGGAACGUUCAAUAGUAGCGCUACUACGGCCACAAAUAGAGCGUCAUUAUCGCCGAUGGGAACGCACAACCAUCCGGACAGUGAUCACAAUGUCAGUGAUAGCAGUUUUGUAAUCAGCAACGAUAACUCGCUUAACAUGUUGAUCGAACAAUCGGACAAUCUAUUGAUCAACAAUCCUCAGCAGGCAGAGUUGGAGAACAAUCAGACGCCACCUCCACCGAAUCAUCAAAAUCAACAGCAGCAAUUAUCGUUGCUAUCACCAACAUCCGCCGGAAGCAGUACAAGUCUGUCCUAUGUCAAUGCACCGCACGGGUUGUUUCCAAUUCCGCUUAGCAAAACGGCGAAAACUUCGCAGAUCUCACGCUUAAAGUACAAGUUCAAAUUUUUAGGCAAAUUUAUGGCUAAGGCUGUGAUGGAUAGCAGAAUGCUCGAUUUACCCUACUCGAUACCAUUUUACCGGUGGUUGCUAGCCGAGGAGAACUCUCUCGGACUACCCGAUCUCGGUCAAGUUGCACCAGAAGUACAGGGCACUCUGUUACGAUUGAAUGAAAUCGUUAAAAUGCGCGACCUGGUGCAAACGGAUCUUACGCUGGAUGCCAUGGAAAAGACUGAAAAGAUUGAAGCUCUCGAUCUGGACGGCUGCCCGAUUGCCGAUCUCGGUCUGGAUUUUGUUUUGCCCGGUCAUCCUAACAUUGAGCUACGCCGCGGUGGACGAGACAUGCCGGUCACCAUUCACAAUCUCCAUCAAUACAUCUCACUGGUGACGCACUGGUUCCUUCUGGAAGGAGUUUCACGACAAUUCGAAGCGUUGAGAGAAGGAUUUGAUUCGGUCUUCCCGGUUAAUCGGCUACGGAUGUUCUAUCCGGAAGAGCUUGAGAGCGUAUUUUGUGGCUCAGGACUGAAUGCUGCUACUCACAACCGUUGGGACGUGCGUAUGUUGGCUGAAUGCUGCCGAACGGAUCAUGGCUUUACGCAGGAUUCCCAAGCUAUUCAGUACUUCUACGACAUUCUAAGUACAUACAAUCGAGAAGAACAACGGUUGUUCUUGCAGUUCGUCACCGGUAGUCCACGGUUACCGACCGGUGGUUUCAAGGCUCUUACUCCUGCACUGACGAUCGUGCGCAAAAAGAUGGACGGCAAUCAGAAUCCGGAUGACUAUCUGCCAUCUGUUAUGACCUGUGUGAAUUAUCUCAAACUUCCGGAGUACUCUAGUCGGGAAGCAAUGCGACAAAAAUUGAAGGUGGCAGCCAGCGAGGGUAGCAUGAGUUUCCAUCUAUCCUAAAUGCUUGUUUUUUUCUGGUGUACGGAGUGGACAAUCACGGGAACAAAGAAAGAGCAAACGAUGAGAGGAGAAAUUUGAUUUAAAGCUAGUCGCAGUGCGUGUUUUUCGCUUUCAUCAGCUUUGUUUUUCAAAUGAAUUCAAUACGAUUUGUUGGGAGGUCCGUGAAAUUUAGCACAUACACAAACAGAAAAUGCGCAAUACCGUUCGUUUUAACCAAAUAAAACUAGUGAAGUGAAUCCAUACUGAACGAGAAUGUGUAAAUAUAGGAAAGGAGAAGUUAUGUUAUUUUCGAAGCCUGACUGUUCUUUAUUUUUGAAAUGGAUUUUUUCUAAUGGGGAACCUUCCGAUUGUUUUCGGCUCGUGCAUUACUAUUGAAACUGUGAAAUUUAGAGCAAACGAAUCUAGCGGGUGAUGUUAACGGAGAGAAAAGCGGUAAUAAAAUGCCAUGUCCCACCGGUAGAGCAGAAAUUCUUUAUUAGAACAUUUUUCCUUCAAUCGAAUCAGGCUGUUUUUUUUCGUUGUUUUUAAAUGUAAUGAAUACUGUUUUAGUUCUAAUUUCAUUUUUUUUUAUUAAGGGAUAGUGUGGCACAGUAUAAGCCCGAAGAAGAAGUGGAAGCUAGCAAAAACGCCACAGUGCAAUGUAUAAAACUAAUAAAGAAAUACUUAUGAUACGCUCCAUCUAUCCCCUCCUCAGUAGCUACAACAAACCAACUAUUCUAACUGGAACGAGCGUGGGCAAAUCUAAAACGCAAACGACAAGUUCACCAAUACAACUCUUGAUCUGUGUAUAUUUACCUUCUAGCUACAAUAGCAAUCUCCGGAAAAAAUACAACUAUAACAAAUUAGCGUACAUGACGUGGAUUUUCUGUUUGGCAUAACUGUUUGAUAUUCACAUAAACCCCGAGAAAACUUGAAAACUGCGAUUUGAAUUGGAAAACUCUUCAAAAUUAUAAAACAUCAAACUUGUUUCCGGGCUCGUUGGGAAAAGUGAGUCUACGGUGGUACAUUAUUUGUUUCUGGCGUACCGCAAACCAAUACAAAGAAGCAAAGCAUAAAAACACAACAAAUAAAAACAAUAUUUAAUAGACAAAUGGGAAAUGACGAACGUUCAUAACCAUUUAUUUAUUGUAACAACACAACAGUGGGUGGUUUGUUUGGUUGGCGAAAUGCCCAGCGUGCAUGAGAAAUGUUGUCCGCGAAAUAAGAUGGAAUAUACGGUAAGAUGAGAUGAGGCACAUAAAUCUUAUAGUUUCAAAUUUGCGUGAGUAACGGGAUUGCGUGAUAAGUAUGUAGGUAGUGAUUGCGGUGACCGUAAUGAGAACAAUAUUAAUAACGAUAAUGAUAACAACAAUAAUAAUCAGUAUGAAUUAAUUGAA